AAUGGUGUGAAGUUGUUAGAAAAUUCCAUAAUUAUAAUAGUCCAUAUGUUAAGUUGGUAUGUGAAGAAAGUUUAGAGAAGAGGAAACUUUGAAGUUUUUGUUUAUACAAACUGAAGAAAAAAGUUCUCCUAAGAAAAAGCUGGUGGCAGGAGUGUAGAGGAGCAGCAUAUGGCAUUAAAAGGAGCACAGCUGGAGGUAGCAUUUCCAUCUGAACAUGAUGUCAGAGCAGCUGACAGCUUGCCAUCCCUCAGCCUUUUAUUCUAACACACAGCCAGGGAGUUAGUGUGUGCAGAGCUGUGUGGGGAAAAGGUAUCUUAUUCCUCCCUAACAUCCUCUCCACUUUGCAUCUGUUUGUCAGUCUGUUUUUUUUUUUUUUUUUUUUUUUCCUUCCUUCAUUUAUUUAUUUUUUAUUUAUUUCUUGAGUCGAUCAAUAUACAACAGCAUACGGCACUUGAGAGUGGAGUACAUCAUCAGGUCUAUGUAUAAAAAAGGUAGGACUUGCAGUAGAUGCAGUUGUAUAUUGAUUAACAUGUUUUCUGCUUUUUCAUUAUUUUUAGUGUGACUUAUUUCAUCUUAAGCAUUUUCUUUUGGUUAUGAAGACAUUAUGGAUUUUCCAGAACAUAGCAGACAUUUGCUACAGUGUUUGAGUGAGCAGAGAGAUCAAGGAUUUCUGUGUGAUUGCACUGUUCUGGUAGGAGAUGCCCAUUUCCGAGCACACAGGGCUGUACUGGCUUCAUGCAGCAUGUAUUUCCACCUCUUUUACAAGGAUCAGCUUGACAAAAGAGACAUUGUUAACUUGAACAGUGACAUUGUUACAGCUCCAGCCUUUGCUCUCCUGCUUGAAUUCAUGUAUGAAGGAAAACUCCAGUUUAAAGAUCUGCCUAUUGAAGAUGUACUUGCAGCUGCCAGUUAUCUCCACAUGUACGACAUUGUGAAAGUCUGUAAAAAGAAACUGAAAGAAAAAGCUACAACAGAAGCAGACAGUACAAAAAAAGAGGAAGACUAUUCAAGUUGUUCAGAUAAAGUAGAAAGCCUCUCAGAUGGUAGCAGCCACAUGGCAGGUGAUCUACCUAGUGAUGAUGAAGAUGGUGAUGCCGAAAAGUUGAACAUUCUUCCUAGUCGAGGUGAUUUGACUUCUGACUCUGAAAACAUGUGGUUGAGGUUAUCCUCUGAUUCAACCAGCCUUACUCAACCUAGCACUGAAGGUGAAACUCGCACAACCACUGUAAAAACAGCACCUAGCCCUUCAAGCUCAGCUGGCUCCUUAUCUGGGGGGUUGAAUGCUUCCAUAAGGGAUACAGCAGAUUCAGACUGUGUCCUGGACCUUUCUGUUAAAUCUAGUUUGUCAGGAGUUGAACAACUGAGCACCUCCUACUUCUCUUCAUCAGAGACACUGAGAAAUAAUUUAGUUCAUGUGAAAGUAAAAAAAGAAGCCUCUUGCGAUGAAAAUGAUAUAGAUACUACUGAAUAUGAUAUGGAACAAAGUACAGUGAAAGAAGGCAUAAGUAAUGAUAUAAGGACACAUUAUGAGUCCAUCCACUUAGGUCCUGUACGAGAUGAUUCCAUCUUAAGAGAGUUGGAUCAUGAUGAAAAAGCAAGUGAUGAUGAAAUGAUAACACCUGAUAAUGAGCGAGUUCAGAUAGAAAGUAACAUGGACACAAGUCUUCUUCCUUUUGUUUCAAACAUGCUUAAUCCUGCCGGGCAGAUCUUUAUGUGUCCACUUUGCAACAAAGUUUUUCCAAGUCCACAUAUCCUCCAAAUUCACUUAAGUACACACUUUCGGGAACAGGAUGGUAUACGAAGUAAAGCCACUAAUGAUGUCCAUGUCCCUACCUGCUCUCUUUGUGGUAAGACUUUUUCCUGCAUGUACACUCUAAAACGUCAUGAGAGGACUCAUUCUGGAGAGAAACCUUUCACUUGUACUCAGUGUGGAAAAAGUUUCCAGUACUCUCACAACCUGAGUCGGCAUGCCGUUGUUCAUACACGGGAGAAACCACAUGCUUGUAAGUGGUGUGAGAGAAGGUUUACACAGUCUGGAGACCUAUACAGGCAUAUCAGAAAAUUUCACUGUGAACUUGUAAACUCUUUAUCUGUUAAAAGUGAAGCAUUGAACUUGCCUGGGGUUAGAGACUGGACUUUAGAAGAUAGCUCUCAAGAACUUUGGAAAUAAAUGCAAUGUAGGUUCAUUCAUGCAUACAAGGUUUAGAGUUAUGUAUACAAGUAUACAUAUGCACUGUCAGUAUAUGUUUAACAAGAUGUUAAAUAUCCCUUUUACACAAGUUUUUUUUAUUUAAAGAUAAAUCUAGAUUUUGUUAAUGCAAACCUGUAUCGAGCCAUGGCAUCUUAGAAUAUGUAAUGAAAAAUCAUUUGCUUAACUAAAAAUUUAGUUGUUGGAUAUUAGUGUUGCACUUUAUCAGUUUGAUACAUCAUGAGUCUUUACACUGAAUGUUGUAUUAAAAUUAAUUUAUUUUAUAUAGUUUUGUAAGGAGGAGGUUUGAGUGAUAUAUGCUAAGUCAAUUAACAUUGGGAACUGUCUAAUGACAUUAUUUGAUUUUCAUAUAAUGUAUAAAUGAUUUCAGUGGGAAAGGGACUUUUUAGGUUUUUGUAUAAACUGGGCGUAUCCUGCACCUCCUCAUUAAUUAAACAAUAGGGCAUAUGCUUCCCUUUAAUGUAGGGCUUCAUAUUUAACAUUCUUUUUUUAAUCGUCAUUAUCAGUAAUGGUAAAAUACGGUAAAUCGUGAGUUUGUGAAAAAAUAAUUCGGAAUUAAUAGAAGGAUUGUGAAGGUAGUUAAGUGUUCAAACUGGCUUUAUAAUGUACCAUUUUUGUAUAACGUAAAUUCACAUGGUGUUGUCAAAUAAUUUUAAUGCUACUUUUAGUUUCAUUCUGUUUAAACAAGAGCCGCAUGAAUAUUUCUAUCAUUAUUUACUUACAGGAUAACUUAUUUGAACAUAAUUUUAUCUGAAAGAAAUAUGCUGUUAAAAUUGCAAUUUUAUGUUCUCAAAACAAAAAGUGUGUAUGUAUUUUCUAGCUGUUUUUCUUAUUAGAUUUAAUUUUAGCCUUCAUUUGUUCCCUGAAAAAUAUACCUGUUUACACACCUUUACAGAUGCAAUAAUGAAUUAUAUUCAAAUGUACAUUCUAACAGAAUAAUAUUAAAUGAAUGGCACUUCAUUAUGUUUCGUAAAUUAAAAAGUAUAAAUAAUAUUUUAACUACUGUUGUUUGAUUUAAGACAAAGCAAUGAAUGACAGAAUACAAGUAUAAUUUGGGUUCUAUAAAAACAGUGUUUUGCCUCUUUAUGUAAGAACUCCUAGGAUGAUUUUUUCUAAACCUACACAUACUUGUGUACUGUGGUAAAAAAAA